AGAAGGGAAAGCAAAAUGGCGGAAUCGGAUGGGAUGGGCCUCUUAUUGUGUUCAUAAUAGGAAAAUGUUUCAUCUCUACGUGCUGUUUCAAAGUUAACAAAAACACCUCAAAGGCUUCUAGCGGGUUUUCAGAUUUGGGAUUUACCAGUCGGCUCAUCUUUUCACUUUGAAGAUGGAAACAGAUGGACAGACUCGCAAGGAUGAAGAAGUUGUGCAGGCUAAGUCACAGAAUGAACAAUGUUCAGAUGAAAAGGAGGAAAAGGAGUCUAAGGCAGAAAGAAAGACAGCUGGCUUAAGAUGUUUCCAGGGAAACAGAGAGACCUCAGAGGAUGAACCCAGUGAACUGGGGGCUGCUGUUGUGACUGCUUCUGAACCUGUAUGUUUUGUGCCUCAGCUCAUCUCCCAACCUCAGUACCUGGACUGCGACUUUGUGGAAUUAACAGCAGAAGCGAGGGUAGAGGAUGGCUCAUCUCUUGCUUUGUUGACAUCUGUUACCCCCAGUGUUGGACGCCAGAAACCAGGAUCCUUUCUGAAUGGACAUUUUCUUCUGCGGCCACCUUUAAGCGAUAAGAAAGGUUCUGUAAACUGUUUUUUGCCUUCAGGCCUUAAUCCCGAAUGGUGUUCAGAUGUAAUUCAAGCCUGGGGGAAGAUGCAACUGCACUCUUCUUUCAAAACCUCUGAGAGACUCAUAGAAACGGCCAAAAGCCCUCUUCCUUCCUCACCCUCCAAUUCGCCAUCCUCUCCAUCGUCAGCUCCCUCUUCCCCCUCCUCCUCCCCAUCAUCAUCCUCUCCUGGUACAAACUACCAUGUGGAUGAAGACAGAGGCUGUGCUGAAGACAACAGGGCCAGCAAAGGCACAGGAGACUUUGUGUCAUCCACUUCAUCCUCUCUGAUGCCAUCAUCAUUUUCUGUGCAACCUUCUAAUCCUCCACUUCACACAUCCUCAUCAUCCAAACGCCCUUGCACCGAUAGACAGAAGGAGGGUGUAGACAAUGACAUAUACGACCCCUUUCACCCAACCGAGGGGGAGGGCGAGAGGGAACAAGCGUCCUCUGAAGACGAGGAGGAAGAGGUUGAUAAGUAUGAUCCUUUUGAACCUACUGGAUCCCCAGCUUCAGAAACCGAGGAAGAGAAAAGAUGCAUGCAUGAGGAAAAUGAACGAAAAAGAAGCAUUAUUAGUGAUGGGAAUAUAAUGAAAGGUGAUAGAAAAUUGGAAAUCGAUCCAGCUGCUCAAACAGAGGCAGGGCCUCCAGAUUCAACAGAAACUGUUGCUUCAUCUUCCCUGUUUAAUAAUGUACCUUUAGAGUCUAACAGCAAACGAUCCAUCAAGGAUAGAGCGAGACAACUGGGAGCGAACCUAAGAGAAAUUGGCACAGACUCUGAGCACUCUGAGAUAGAAGAAGGAGAGAUAGUGGGGGCCAAUGAAAGAGGAAGAGAACAAGUGAUAGAGAGAAGAAGGGAAGUAUUGCUUCCAGUCUCAAGCAGUCCCUCCUACCUUCAGGGCAGCGGCCCAAAACCUGAGAGGAUCUUGCGGGUCUUAGAGGGUGAUGGGUUUGUGUCUGUUCGUGCUGAUGAAGAAUGGGAGAGAGAACCAGUGGCUUCUGUGGGUUUGGGAGAUCUGAGACGAAAACUGACAAGCAGGCGGAAAGAAAGAUUCAGAUCUUGUCCCUCCUCUGCAUCCAUAUCACCUUCACCUGCUCCGGUUUUGCCCUUGUCUUUGCCCUCUCCACCUUUACCCACUUCUCCACCCCUAUCCGCUGACAAACGGAGGAAUCGUAAAACCUCCAAAAGUUCAAAAGACUGGGAUAGACACAAGCGUAAAGAGGGACGAGGAGAAAAGGAAAAGAAAAAGAAAAGGAAGGAUUCUAAGGAGUCAGCUGACAGGAGUAGAGACGGCAAUGAGAAGGAUCGUGGAAGAGAGGACAACAAAGACAACAAUAGGGACAGGGAGAGAAGUAGCAGAAGUGAUAGUCGCAAAAGGAAAAAAAGUUCUCCAGAACACUCCUCUCGCUCCCACUCUCAAAAUGCCUCCCGUCAAACUCACAGGCGUAGGUCAUGGUCCAGCCACUCUGAGGACCACCACAAAGAUCGUGACCGAGCUAGAGAGAGGGAGAAAGAUAGAGACAGGAACCACGAAAGAGACAGGGAUAGGGACAGAUGGGGAGAUGAUAGACACACAGAGAGAGGCAGAGACUCAAAAAGAAGGGAUGAACAAAGGAGAGAUAGAAAUGAAGAUAGUAGGAAGUCAAGCAGUAGAGAAAGACAAAGUAGAAAAAGAAGCAGAAGCAGUGACAGGAGAGAUCGAAGGAACGAAAUUGUGAGGGGGGAUAGAGACAGAGACAGGAGAAGAGAUAGCAGAACUGUUGUACCCCCGUCCAUUCAAGAUCUCAGUGGCUCUGAUCUUUUUGCAAUCAAACGUACUAUCACUGUUACCACCACUACAACCACCACCACAGUUCCAAGUUCACCUCCCAGUAGCCAGCGGCGUUCCAGCAGCCGAUCCCACAGCUCAGACAAACACCAUAAGAGGAAGAAGAAACGAAGACGACAAUCAGAUGACGAGGAGAGAAAAGAAGAGGAGCACAGGAGCAGGUCUCGUCCCACCUCCCUCACCCCUCCACAUUAUCAUGAAUAUGAAUCAGACCGUCCUGAUGUAGAUAUGCUUUCUUUGGACGGGGAAGCACUGGAUUCAGACUACCCUUCACUUGAGGACUCACCACUGCUUCCCCCGCCUCCUGAACCCCGUGUUCCCAGCCCCCAAAUUAAAUCUGCUGCACCCAAGGCCAGCCGACAUAAUCUGAAGAAGAAAUCCAGAUCUGGCAAGAGAGCUGGACUGUCUGAAUCAACCUCCUCUUCAUCUUCUCAUAGACCAAAAGCCAAAAGUAAAAACAUCCUGCCAUCUCUCUCACCACUUCUUUCUGCAUCCUCAGGCAACAACACUUCCCUUCAACCCACGGCAUCCUCAUCCAUAUCUAAACGGGGACGGAAAACCGGUAAAGAUAAAGCAGGGAAGAAGGAUGUUGGGCGUUCUGGCAGGUCCAAAAAGCUUAGUGGUGUUAGCAGAAAGGCUAAGCUCCAGUCUAAAGUGUCUGUUCUGGUGCGUGAGGGUGUCAGCAGCACCACAGGGAACUCUGGGAAGUUGGGUAUUGACCUUCUUGGACCUAGUGGAGCUUCAGGGCCAUCAGUAGUUGGUGGAUCUAUAGCUGUGGUGUUCCGCCGGGACAAUGAGAGCCGGUCCCCCUUUCUUAAGCCCUGCUCAGAGACCAUGGCUCUUCCAGGGAGAAGCAAAGACUUGAGCAAAACUGUAAAACAGCGUAAUAUCCUUGGGCCCCCUUCUUCAACCAACUCUGGUGGACUGAAGUCAAAAAAAUCCAAGCCCAGCUCUGCUACAUCCACAUCCUCAUCCGCCUCUUCCCCUACAUCUUCAUUGGCAGCAAAACGUAGGAGAAGGCCUGGAAAGAAGCCCAGAGAGAAAGGACUAACUGUGGAUGGAAGUGAUGCUAAAAAUCCAAAUAGUAAUUGUAGCACGGUGGGUGGUGGUUGGGUGGGGGUAUCUUCAGAAAUGCAGCCGUUGGUUGGGGUUGGAUCCAAGCCGUCAAGUCCUCCUUCAGCUCUCCCUGGCCCUACUCCAUCGUCCUCUUCCUCAUCUUCCUCUUCCUCAUCAGCAAGUGUACUUCCUCCAUCCUCGUCGCCACCGCACACAUCUCCGUUGUCUUUGCCCCCAUCUCGAGAGACAAGGGAGUCAUCGCCAGACUCUCAAACCGUUGACAGUAGCUGUAAGACACCAGAGCCUUCAUUCCUCUCAGAGGAGUGCCCCAGUCAGUCCAAACCCUCAUCUCUCACGCCCUCAAAGUCCCCUUCUAGCCCUCCAAGCCUGUUGUCCUCCCAGAUCAGGGGGGAAAACAUAGCACAGUCCACUUCCAAUGCUAAAACUCUGCCACCAGAUGAUCAGAAGGCAUCACCACCGUGCUCCACUUCAUCAGCUUUAGCGUCGGCCUCCCUCUCUCAUUCUGGUGCUCCUCUUGCAAAUGACCCUUCCUCUUCAUCCUUGUCUUCAGUGUCCUCAUCUUCAGUAAACAAACCACCGCCGCCUCCCCCUCCACCCCCUUCAGCUCCUCCGUUACCCUGGAGUCUGCAAACCGGAGUGGACUGCACUGCUGGAGGUGUUUUAGCAUUGACAGCCCUCCUCUUCAAAAUGGAGGAGGCCAAUAUAGCCAGCAGAGCCAAGGCACAAGAGUUCAUCCAGGCCACAAGUCAGAUUCUUUCUCAGGCUAAUCAGACCCAAUCACAGCCACACCCUCCUUCAUCUUCCUCAUCUGUGUCAUCGCAAGUACCGCCUCCUCCAUCACAUGCCCCGCCUCCUGGACCAACUCCUGCGCAGUUUAUUCUUCAUAGCUCUGUCCCAUUGGUUGGCUGCACCAAAACUCCUCCCCUCCACUUGCUUCCUGGACUCUCAAUGGGUGGAGGCUUUGCUCAAACUCCCCCUCCACCAUUGCCAACAGGGGUGUCAGGGGGUUCCAGUGAAACGGGCUGGGACAAUGAAAGUAAAGACCCUGACAAGUACCUGAAAAAGCUGCACACCCAGGAGAGGGCAGUAGAGGAAGUCAAAUUGGCCAUAAAGCCAUACUACCAACGCAAAGACAUAAACAAAGACGAUUACAAGGACAUCUUAAGGAAAGCUGUGCACAAGAUUUGUCACAGCCGAACAGGUGAGAUCAAUCCAGUUAAAGUGAGUAACCUGGUCAAGCUUUAUGUCCAGAGGUACAAGUAUUUCAGAAAGCACGGUCGCAAGAUGGACGAGGAGGAAAAAGAGGACAGAGAGUCUGCCUCCAUGCAUUCCUCGACAUGAUUGGACAAAGACCUCUUAUCUGGUCGAACCAGUUUGCAAAUCUCCACCCUUGCACGUGUUUAGGCCCACCGUGGCUAUCAAGUGACAGUCGUUUGUUAAACUGCUCUGUUUCCCCGUGUGUGUUGACUUCAUGUAAACGUCUGUACUCCACCCUCCUUCCCCGCUCUCUUUCUUGUCUUGCUAUAAAUAUGUAUGGAUGUAGAAGUAUACAGAAAGUGUUCUAAAAGUGUAUACACUCGAGAGAGAGAGAUAAAGACGGCACACUAUUUUUUUCUUACACUUAAUGUUUAACCUGUAUAUACUUAUAAGCACACUACACAGGUGUUCUUUCCUCCUCUCCAUUUCUGAGAGGGAUGCACAUUUAAAUAUUCAGCUAGAAUACGCAUUUAUUAUUAAGAGUUUGUGCGUGAGAGUGAAGAAUAAGAAUAGAAUGUUAUCUUUACCCCAUCUGCUUUUCUUUUGGCAUUUGCGAGCGUGAUUUUCUCUCAUUGCGUCAAAGAGCAUUUACAUGUAGGGGUACUUAGACACAUGACACAAUCUUUCACCUACACAAGUUUUGAGGUAUCUGUGGAAUGGAAGGUAUGUUCCACUUCUCAAAGAACAGUGAAUGUAUAUAGAGAUGGAACAGGUUGACAGAUUUUUUUUACGUAAAUUUUAGGCAACUGAUUUUAAACUGAUCUGUUCUCAUCAGUAAAAAAUAUGUUUCCCCAGUCAAAGUCAUCUAAUAUAAUUAAGUCAGCAAGCAACAUUUGAAAAGAACAAGUGUGUAUUUGAAUGGUUGCCCCAAGAAGCAUGUGUUUUGGGUUUUAUUUGUACUGAAGAAAACUGUAGUGAUUUUGAGGGUCACUUGAGAGAUAAACUUGUGUCCUAACCUCAA